UGCUUAUCCCCGGCUCAGCGGGUGCAGGUGACGGGACAGGGGCAUCCACGAAGGACCGCGCCCGGCCGAUUGACAAACCUGAUGAGUGCGAGCGCUCUCUCCAAGAGGCCUCGCUCAGUUUCAAGCAAUCAAAAAGCCUACAAGCCACCACCCAACCCAUUCCCAUUCCUCCCCCCCUGUCACCCAUCCACUUGUCUGCACAGUUCAGGAAUUGGUCAUUUGCGUUGUUCCAUCUUGAGCUUGACGGUAGCCACCGGUCAGAACGAGCCUUGGUCAUCCCAGGCUCCAGCACCAUGGCUCCACGAGCUGAAGGCAGCCACCUUAAGAGAAACCGCGAUGCUGUAGGUGCCUACUCGUUGAUUUUCCCUUGCAAGCCUUUGGCACCUGUCCCCGAUGGCGCAGUACCCUCCAGGCAUGCUCCGCCGAUUAAUGUUUUGCAUGCAGGGCUCACCGGCCGAGGAUCAAGAAUCGUCCAAGAAGCUGCGCCGUUCCGCGCGGCAAUCGCAGCAGCGCGCCGAGCAUGACAAGCAAAAGACGCCAGUACAGAACCAACAUCACCUCCCCUCGCCAGUGACGCACCUCAACAGCGAGAGCACCACUGAGUACGACAAGGAGGCAACGGCAACACCUCCCCACGACCGUCCCAGCCAAGUUGCCCGCCGCCGAGGGGACGACUCGCAGGGCUUGGGUUUCAGCUCUCCGCCGCAGGACACGCAGGCGUUUAGCCAGCAAGACAUCGACCCGAACGCCCCCCUUGUCGAGGGCGUCGAUGAGGUCAAGGAAGGCGUUUGGGGGUAUCUCCUCCCACUGGACACGCGCUACGUGAAAGUGCCGGUGGUGCUGAAGAGGAAGGGAGCAUGCCCGCCCCCCGCAGCAUCGAUCACUGCGCCCGCCAGGAAGAGCAGUAGAAGGGGUCAAAAGCCAUCGUCGAAGGACGUGGACUCGAGGGCCGGCCCGGCUUCCGGGGGAUAUAUCAUCGGACGGCAUCCCGAAAGCGACAUCAGGGUGGAUGACCCGCAGGUAUCGAACCGCCACUGUCUCAUCUUUACCGAAAACAAGGGCGAGGAUGUCAUCGCAGUAGUGGAAGAUCUCUCGACCAACGGGACAUUCGUCAAUUCUGCUUAUCUGAAGCGGAAUGAGCGGCGGGAACUGCAGGAGGGUGAUGAGGUUGCAGUCACUCAGUUCAGCCCGGGCUUCAUCUUCAGAUACCCAAGGUACCGGCAAGGCAGAAGCUUCGCUCAGCAGUAUACAGUAAUGCGUCGACUGGGAAGCGGCCACUUUGCUCAGGUGUACAUGUGCCACGAGCGGUCGACAGGCGACUGCUAUGCCGUCAAGAAGUUCACCAAGGUCCCCGGCACGGACGAACGGUCCAAGUACGAGGGCCUGCACCAGGAAGUCGCUAUGCUCAUGGGCAUCAGCCACCCAAACAUCCUGUGCCUAAGGGAGACAUUCAACGAGCCCGAGGCGGUAUAUGUUGUGCUGGAACUGGCGCCGAACGGGGAGCUUUUCAAUCUCAUCGUUCAGCUGCAGAAGUUGACUGAGGACCAGACGCGCAGGGUGUUUGUCCAGCUCUUUGAAGGAAUCAAGUAUUUGCACGAUCGCAACAUGGUUCAUCGAGAUCUCAAACCCGAGAACAUCCUCCUCAUGGACGAGGAUUUUACCGUCAAGAUCGGCGACUUCGGUCUCGCCAAGAUCGUUGGGGAGGCCUCUUUCACCACCACACUCUGUGGCACGCCAAGCUACGUAGCGCCCGAGGUUCUGGCCGAGAGCAGAAAUCGCAAGUACACCAAAGCCGUCGACAUCUGGUCCCUGGGCGUGGUGCUUUACAUCUGUCUCUGCGGCUUCCCUCCGUUUUCGGAUGAAUUAAAGACUCCGGACUUUCCCUACAGUUUGGCGGAUCAGAUCCGUAAGGGGAUCUUUGACUACCCUUCACCGUACUGGGACUCUGUCGGCGACCCAGCUCUUGAUCUCAUUGACCGCAUGCUCGUCGUGGACCCCGAACAGCGCUACACGGUCGACGAGUGCCUGGCCCAUCCCUGGCUGACGCAGAAACCUCCCGGUGUCAAUGACAGCACUAACGGACUCGUCUCGGGCAUCGCCGGUUUGGAGAUGAGCCGCCGCGGGAUCGUCAGGGAACGCACCCUGCUCGCAUCCAUCAACACGGUGCAUGUCACCGACCGAGUGCCGGCAGGCGCCGGCAAGCCGGAUGUCAAGGUGUAUUCCAAGAACCCGGUCGGGAAGCCGGCGGCGGGGAUGCCGCCGCCUAACAAGAAGGAGGUGAGGCCCGACGAGAACCGGGAUCCGGCCGAGUUCAUGGAGUUAGGUGGCAAGGGAGAUCAAGUGUUGUAUGAUGAGAGUGGGGAGGGUAGCCGGUAUCCCAGCCAGGAUAUUGUUGUCAAGGCGAAGGAAGUGCCAGUUACUGAUGGAGAGAAGGAGGAAGAGGGAGAGAAGGAGGAAGAGGUAGGGAAGGCGGAGGAACAUGAAGCGGAGCAGCAAAAAGGGAAGGGCAAGGGUAAAGGGAAGGGGGCUCAUUAGAUGGACCAGGCAAUAUCCAAGGCCUUGAAAUGCUGUGCUGGAGUGGAUGUCAGCGAUACUUGGGCAUACUAUGACAGACUGGCAUAUGGCUUCAUAAUGUUGGUUUGUUAUUGCGCGUGGGAGUUAAUUCGGGGUGGUGGUUGAAGCAUGUAUGCUUGCUUGCUUGCGCAGCUAGGGAUAUGGGGGCUUUGCCGAAUUCUGUUCGUUCAUACUUCGGGUUUCUGUGUUAGUUGAUGGAGAUAGAAAAUAUUACCAUAGAAAACAUGUCACUUCCCUCGCUGUGGUCGUGAGAAGCGUGGUUACUACCUAGGUAGGCAGUCAUGGUUAAAAAGACGAUUAGU